AUGAAUGGAUUCAUUACAUAUGAUCCAUUAAAGAUUUUGAAUGAUGAAAUUGCUGCAAGGAAGCAGCAAAUCGCGCGAACUACAGCUCAGUAUACUUCCUUAAAGAAAGAACUGAUUCAGCAAAUAAACGAUCUGAGGGAUCAAACAGAGAAACAGAAGGAAGAUAUGCAAAAGAAUACAGAAGAUCAAAUCAAAUCAAUUACUGAAGAAUUCAAUGCAAGAAUCGAAAAGAUGAAAAAAGAUUCCGCAGAAAGAAUUUAUAAUGUAAAGGAAGGUAUUACACCUGACUAUACAACCGAAAACAAAAUAGAAAAUAUAACUCAACAGAUUCAAACACUUCAAACAGAAACAGAAAAUAAAACUAAAUUUCUCGAAGAAUCAACGCAAAACGAGCUAAAUUCAAUUGAAUCGGAAUCUAGUAGACUUAAAAAGCGUUCUGAUAGAUUGUCUCGUAAAAUAAAUCAAUUAGAAGCUAUUAAUAUUAAAGAUUCUCCUGAAAAGAACGAAAAGAUAAAAGAAAUCAACAAAAGAAUGAAAAAGUUAUCAUCUGAUGCACAGAGUUACCAAAUUGCAUUUGAUAUAAGAGCUCAAAAAUAUGAUAAAAGCGAGAAAAAUACUAGAGAAUACCUGCAGUAUGAAUUGUCUAAGCUUAGACGUCAAAUUAAAGAGGGAAAACAAAAAAUUGAAACACAAAUUGGUUUAAUUUCAAAUAGCCAAAUGGAUCACUCAGAUAGAAUAAAACGAUUAAAGAAGGAAAUAUUUUCGCUAACAACAAGUCCAAAAUCCUCUAAAAGUCCAAAAACACGCGUAAUUAAACGAAUACCAGAGAAAAUUUCUUUCUUUGAAUCAGCUGUGAGAGACAAUAAAGUAUUACUCAAUGAAAGAAAAGAAAAACUUAGAAAAUUACAAGAAAGAAACAAAGUUUUAUCUUUUCAAAUCAGGAAAUUAAGAUUUCAAUUAUCAAGUUUUGAUUAA